UGGGACAGCCAAAAGAAGCGUAAUAAAAUUGUUACCGCAGCAAAGCUAUCAUCGUUUUUUUUAUAUAAAAACGAAGACAUAAACAUCAUUUUGCAAUCUAAAAACUAACAAAAAACACUCUUUGAUUUACAAAGUUUAUAGAAUAUAAAAGAUCCAAAGUACGCAACAAAAUUAAAUUCUACCAUGGAAAACGAAGCCGGAGUUAAUAACCCCAGUCGUAUAUAUACGGACUUCGAGCCUUAUUGCAUUUGGCAUAGGAAGGAAGAUAAUGAGACUCUUCAUGUUCAUCUUCAUGGUUUCAAAAAGGAACAGCUGAAGGUUCGGAUCGACAAUAUGAGGAUCCUAACAAUCGCCGGAGAACGACCAUUGGAUGGCAACAACAAAUGGAGUCGUUUUUGCAAACAAAUCAAACUGGCCGACAACAUCAAAGUUAACGACAUUAGCUCCAACUUAGCCGGAGGGAUUCUCUCUGUUGUGAUACCCAAGAAACCAACGACCCUCCCCAUGUCCAUUUCCCUGGCGUCCGAAGUCCCCCAGAUGGACCAUACAGCAACGGAGAAUGCAGGUGUUUGGAGGUUAGAGCUUGAUAAAAAUAUGGGCAUCAAAGUUGGGGUUGUGCUUGCGUUUUUACUACUGGGGUUUGGGGUUUAUGUGAAAUGUUUAUGUGGAAAGUAGUUGGUGAUGUAAAUAUAUACAUGUAUAUGUGUGCAUGUGUAUAUAUAUAUAUAUAUAUAUAUGUGUGAGGUUUCAUCUAUAUUUGGUGCAUAUAUGAAAUGUGUAAACAACCUUUUAUGAAUGAAGGUUCAAGUGUUUUAUAUUUGUAAUUGUGUUCGGUUUACUAUACCAAUUAAAUUCCUAUCAUGCACGAAGGAGAGGACAGAUCCUAUGCCGGGACUUAUUCAAUAUUUCUGGAUUUCCAUCCUUGUAAUUAGGCUACAGAAUUAGUUUAAUGCAUAUUUAUUUCUUUCAA